AUGAUACUCCUCAGUCGUCUAAUCGUUCUGGGUCUAGCCGGUGGCCAUUCUGCGUGGGCAUCACCAGUAACUCACGAAUCUCAAGCAACAACCACAGCUGAGGUUAGCCACUCCUACAGCUCGUUCAGCUACACCCAGGUCACCUCGACUCGGUAUGCGACAGGACUCAGUGCCCCUCUGUCAUUUGCGACGCCAUUCGCACCGGCGUUGCGUCAAGCAUCCACUCUUCUCCCCAGCAAUGUGACUUACACGACAUACUCUCUGCAGUCCAGCCCGACUCCAGACGGGCAGUACGGACAGAGUGCGUAUGCUGCCUUGUGGGCCAAUCUGUCCUGCACAGAUGCCCCUCCUUUUACAACGACGAUCACCCCAAGCGCAGUUCCUUCCAGCGAACUGGUUUACCCCCCGAACCUAUACAACCUCGUCGACAAUGCCACGCUGAAGCUCCCCCCAGACUUCAUCUGGGGCGUCGCAGCCAGCGCAUGGCAGAUCGAAGGGGGCCUGCAGCUCGACGGCCGUGGUCCGUCUGUUCUGGACACCAUCGGAGCGAUCCAAAGCAACGACAAUGCCUCAGAUGCAAACAUCGCUGACAUGGGCUACUUCAUGUACAAGGAAGACAUUGCCCGGCUGGCCGCCAUCGGGGUCCCACACCUCUCCUUCAGCAUCUCCUGGCCGCGCAUCGUCCCCUUCGGCGCCGCCGGCUCGCCCAUCAACACCCCAGGAUUACAACACUACGACGAUGUCAUCAACACCUGCCUCGAGUACGGAAUCACCCCCAUUGUGACCCUCAACCACGGUGACUUCCCAAUUAACCAGGCCAGCGACACAUCCACCCUCCCCGAGAACUUCCUCUACUUCGCGAAGCAAGUAAUGGCCCGAUACGCAGACCGGGUUCCAUACUGGGUGACCUUCAACGAGGCCAACAUUGGCGUAGGCGAAGUCUUCACGUCGUGGAACGACCUCACCAACGUGCUGACGGCACACGCCGCCUUUGCCAACAACCUCGCCGUCCCCCUCAACCCCUCCAACGCCAGCCACGUCGAUGCCGCCCUGCGCUAUCAGGACUUCAUCCUCGGCAUCAUGGGCAACCCCCUCUUCCUGGGUCAACAAUACCCCACCUCCGCCCUGGACACCCCCAACCUCAACCUCACCGCACUGACCGAGACCCAAAUUUUCGACGUCCACGGCACGAUCGACUUCUGGGCCUUCGACCCAUACGUGGCCCAAUUCGCGUCCCCACCUCCGGUGGGCAUCUCUGCCUGCGCCGCCAACCAAUCCAACCCGACGUGGCCCUACUGCGCAUCCACCUCCAUGAUCCAAGCAGACGGGUGGCUCAUGGGCGACAUGUCCAACGUCUACUCGUCCAUCGCCCCGCAGUACGUCCGCCAACAGCUCGGCUACGUAUGGAACACGUUCCGGCCGCGCGCGAUCCUGAUCUGCGAGUUCGGGUUCAAUCCCUUCGCCGACUCACUGGGCGCCGGCGACGCCCAGCGCCUGGAUCUCGAGCGCACGCUCUACUACCAGGACUUCCUGCAGGAGGUGCUGAAGGCCAUCCACGAGGACGGGGUCAAUGUCAUUGGUGCGCUGGCGUGGAGCUACCUCGAUAACAAUGAGUUUGGGAGCUACGCGAACCAUUAUAGGAGACGGUAUAAGAGGAGUUUGUUUGAGUAUGUGGGGUUUUUUCAUGAUCAUAUUCAGAAUUGA